CGACUACCAGCCAAACAAUGCCAAUUUGCUAACUCUGCGGGUAGUCUUCUUAAGCACAAAGCGCGACAAAAGCGCGCAGAAACUGGGGACAAACGAUGGAAAGGUCUGAUGGAUGAACAUGACCAAACUAUGAUACCAGCCAUUGGUCGCUCCAUUUAUCGACCAAUCCAACUUCUCACGCUUGAGCCAAUUAAUUUGAAAAUACUACCAUACCACGGCCUUCAUGUUUACCCUGACGCCCAUCCAUCGCAGCAAUUUUCGGUGCUCCAUUCCAAGGUUGGUGACGAUCGGACUAUUUAUCUUCGCGUGAACAAUCUACCCACACACUCACUGGAUGAAUCCCAUCAUCGGCAGUGCUAUAUUUGGUACUGGCCCCGAGUGACCAAUUCAAAGACGAUUUUGGUGUAUUCAGGCAUCUUCACGUUCCUGGUGGAUGCAUACCCUUCCUACGCGGCUAGUGCCUUGGCGGCUAACAGCUUCGCCCGAUCUGCGUUCGGAGGCGUUUUCCCACUAUUUGAGGUCCAAAGUAAUUAUUUACUUCAAGUUUCUCGUGUUUCUCCGAUGCUUUUCCAUUCGACAGAUUUGCUUCAGUGUACAAUUGACUAG